GAGCGCACCAAAAAUUUAGGAACGGCUGACUUGACCACACAAAUUCGUAUGACAGCUGGCUUGACCGCAGUCAAGCACUUGACAUGAAACAGAACGAUCUUUUAUUCUCUUUGUUAGUUUAUAUAGUUCUGUUUAGUUUAACAUGAAUUGAAUCUAAUCCAAUUUGAUCUGAUCUAAUCUGAUGUUGAUUAUAAUGGUAAUCGAUAGGUAGAAGAACAUGCAGAGGUUCAGUAAAUUACAGAACUUAAUCAUCAUUUUUUAAUCUCUAUUGGAACCAAACUUGUUGUUAAUGUUAGAGUUUAAAUAAAGUUUUCUUUUCCAAGUCGCGCGUUGAUGACGUCCGCACGGCGCGCUGUGUUUGGAGGUUUGCGUGCGUGAACCCGGCGGGACUGGUGACAUUUACGGGACGCACGCGCAACAGAAGACAGAGCUCGAGCAGCGAAGAACUCUCCACGCGGCUGGGUUCGGUCCGGUCCCAGACGCACAGGUCCUCCAUGUUGGCUUCACAGUUGACCUCUGUGACCUUCACCUGCCUUCUCAGGCUCCGCCCCUGAACCUUCUACCACCUGCAGCGUCACCGGGGCGGCCAUGUUGGCGCUGCGAGGGCUGGGCAGAGUCCUACUGCAGCAUCAGAGGAUGAGUGGCUGCUCGGUGGGCGUGGCCUCCCUGCAACCCCUCCCCCCUCGUCCUCAGACCCGGUUCCAGUCUGGGGGUCCUGACCCGCUCAGCUCCGGCGCUAAAGUGAAGCUGCGGACGCGGCUGCUGGUGUCGCUGCUGUUCGGCGGCGGGCUGCUGGGGGCGUGGGCAUACGUGCACUGGGAGAAGCAGCAGCGGCUGCGGCGCCAGCGCACGGACCAGCUCCGGAAGGUGGCUCUGGGUCAGGGCACCUUCAGCCUGGUGGACCACACGGGCCGGCGGCGGACCAAGCAGGACUUCCUGGGCAGCUGGGUGCUGCUGUACUUCGGCUUCACGCACUGCCCGGACAUCUGCCCCGACGAGCUGGACAAGCUGAGCGCCGCCGUGGCGCUGCUGGACCGGGACGCCUCGCUGCCCCCCGUCCAGCCGCUCUUCAUCACCGUGGACCCAGAGCGGGACGGCGUGCCGGCCCUGGCCCGCUACGUCAAGGACUUCCACCCGCGGCUGAUCGGGCUGACCGGUACCACGGAGGAAGUGAAGCACGCGGGGCGGGACUACCGGGUCUACGCCAGCCCCGGGCCCAAAGACCAGGAUGGGGACUACAUAGUGGACCACAGCAUCCUGAUCUACCUGCUGAGCCCGGAUGGACUCUUCCUGGACUACUACAACCGCAUGAAGAACAGCCAGCAGAUCGCCGACAGCGUCAGCGCCCACAUGAGGAGCUACCAGAGACUCUGAACCGCCCACAUCCAGAUCCACCUGCUGGGGGAGGAGUCAGAGCAAAGGGUGGGCGGGGCUAACAUGUGUGAUCAAUAAAGAUCAGUUUUCUGAA